UGGCACAGGUAAAUGGCAAAUGCCUGUAUGACCACUGUUUUGUUGUUCGUACAUGUACUUAUAGAGCAAAGAGUCAGUGACUGGCCUGCAUCCUUAUUUGGCACGUAAAUUCAUUUUUUCCUACAGUGGUAAAGCAAACACAGGAUGUACCAAAUCAUGUUUUCAUUUAUUCACUUGAUCAAAAUUAAUAUCUGAACUUGUUUCAUGUUUUAUAUGAUCAUGUUUGUUGCAAAGUAGGUCAAUAAGGAUAGUAUGAUUGUAGCUUAAACAACAUGGGCCAGGUUGCCAGGCAGGUAGAAGUCUGAAAACUUUGACACAUACUAGCUUUCUCAAACCUUCUCUUUGUCUUUUUGAUGUUCUCAGGGCCGCUGGUGAAAUUUGCUCAUACAGGAAUAUCAACAAGGGAAUUGUUGGUUCGCAAAACAUCAGAUAUAGAAGCUGUACAAUAUUCUUUACAAAAUGUUUGGUAUCACAUCAGCAAGUCAAAGUUCCAAGCGUUUCCUGUCUACACCGGUGAAACUUCAGAUAAUCUGUAUACUGUACGGGAUCCUAAUGACAGUUUGGUUACUGAAGACCAGUACCACUGGGGUGACGUUUGUGACAACAACGGCGAAUAAAACUUGCCCAGUAUCAACUGGUAAUUUAACUAGAGAUGCUGAAAGCCAACAGAACAUUCAAGCAAUAACGACAUGGAGAAAGACAGUGGCACUUUCUGCAACUCCAAAAUCAGUUACAAGCAGACGGAAAUUCCAAGUCUUUCUACAAUUUCUCAGUUUAAACUCCAGAACGAUCAGGAAGUACAAAGAGAACUACCCUGGGUUGAUUCAUAACCACUUUCUGCCAGUUCUCUCCAGCACACAGAAAAGGAUAUUUCGAGAACUUAUGGAAAACUUCCACAAAAUCUGCAGUGUCCACGGCAUUACCUACAUUCUCUAUGCUGGUUCUUUACUUGGGUCUUACCGUCACCAUGGUAUGGUUCCCUGGGAUGACGACAUUGACGUCCUCAUCAACAUGACACAGUCAAGAAAACUCUACCAUGCCGUGGAACUCAUCAAACCGCAUUUCUACUUAUGUACAUUACAGAAGCAUCGAUGGAAAUUUUAUUCCAGUUUAUCAAGGCCCAUUAAAGGAAUUCCAUGGGAAUGGCCCUUUCUUGAUAUUAGCUUUUUCCAGGAAAAUGAGACCCACAUUUGGGACAGUGAUCCAAUGUACAAUGAAUCAUUCAGCUACACAAAAGGCUUGAUUUUCCCCACAAAAAUGCGUCCUUUUCUGGGGUCUAUGUAUGCUGCACCGAGAGACCCCUUACGUGUUUUGCAAAAGACUUACAGUUUAGAAACUUGUGAAAGCAACGUUUAUGAUCAUAAGAGAGAACAAAAAGUGGCUGGUAUCCUUCAAAUGAAAGUAUCCUGUGAAACCCUGAAGUAUGAAAUACCUCUGGUACGACGGACAUGGCUACCUGAGGGCGUGAAUGAAACACUGUACAUUGGUAACAAUGCUAUACAAUCUGUAAUAGUUGACCAUUCCCCUUGACAUCAGCUUUAACAGAUAAAAAAAAAUACACUGAAAAAUAUUUAAAGACAAUUUUUUUCAAAGAAUUGAAGAAAAUAAGAAGAACAGUUAAAAGAGUAGGUAAUUUGCAUAACAGUUCUACCUAAGGCUUACUGUUGACCAACAUGGAUGUCCAUGAGCUCUGUUGGUCUCACCACGUUCUCAGUCAAGUUGUGCAUGGAUUGGUACUGUGCAUAUUAUUACUACUGUGCAUAAUGACAUUAUUACUGUGCAUAUGACUACAUGUUCUGUGAAUAUUAUUACGUGCCAAGUCAAUACUAUUACACGUGCUGUCCAUUUUAUUACAUGCAUUGUGGACAUUAGAUAUGUGUGGUAUAUAAGAUAUUAUAAGUGUGGCAACAAGUUAAUGGGCCUGUUGACUUGCUUUAUAAUUAGGCAGUAACAGUGUAUGAUUGAAAUAUAAGGAUGGAAAUAAAAACCACUAUAAAAUAAAUUCUAAUUUGAUCAGCAGAAAGAUAAAAUAAAUAUUUCCUACCAGGUAUCACACAACAAA